AUGUGCGAGGUCGGGACGCGCCCCGCGCUGGCCGGCGACGAGCGAGGGGGCGAGGAGGAGACGACCUUGCCGGCCGGCGCGCUCUCGCCGCCCAGCUUCGCGCCCGGAGACAAGUGCCGGGAGAUGGGGCUCCACACACCUUUGCACUACUCAGGUGACCCUGAGGACACAGGUAAAACUUCAAAUGGCCUCAAGGGUUCUCUAAAAACUGCAGGCAUUUUCAUCUGUCACAAACUCAUUCCUCAUUCCAUUUCUCCUGUCCCUCCCUCUUCCAGAGAACAGCCCAUCUUCACCACCAGAGCACAUGUCUUCCAAAUUGACCCCACCACCAAGAAGAACUGGGUUCCUGCAAGCAAACAAGCAGUUACUGUUUCCUACUUCUAUGACGGCACAAGGAACAGCUAUCGAAUAAUCAGUGUGGAUGGAACCAAGUUUGCUGAGAAAUUUCAGGAAGUGAAAGAAGCUGCCCGACUAGCCAGAGAUCGGUCCCAAGAAAAAAUGGAAACUUCCAGUAACCAUUCACAAAGUGCCUGUGUGUAUUUUGCCGUCCUUAGUACCUCCAACGUGAAGAAAUGGGAAUCAGAACUGCAGACGCUUAGAGAGAGCAACGCAAGACUCACGACGGCCCUCCAGGAAUCCGCAGCCAGCAUAGAACACUGGAAAAAGCAGUUUUCCCUUUGCAAAGACGAAAAUGAUCAACUGCAGAGUAAGAUUGAGGAGCUGGAAGAACAGUGCAAUGAAAUCGAUAAGGAGCGCGAUCGGAACGCCCAGCUUAGCAGGCGUCUUCAGGAGCUGGAAACAGAACUUCAGGAUAAGGAAUUGGAAUUGGAAGAUCUACGGAAACAGGGCGAAAUUAUACCUCAGCUCAUGACAGAAUGUGAAACGGUUUCUCAGAAAUUGCAGGUGGCUGAGAAAAGGAAUAAAGACCUUGAAGAGAAAGUCAAAGCUUUAAGGACGGAAGUAGAAGAGAGCAAACACCGGCAGAAUAACCUGAAGACAGAGCUGCAGACUUUUUUAGAUGUCCUAGACGGAAAGAUAGACGAAUUGCAAGAUUUUCGGCAAGGACUCUCCAAACUGAGUGUCGACAAUUAGGGGACAG